GUGUGAAGCUAAUUAAAUACUAAGGGAAUUAUUGACCGCAUAAGAGACUGAAUGCCCCUUUAUUCUGUAAGACUUCCAAUUGGGUGAACUUGUUUAAAAAAGAAAAAGGGAAUCAAAGUCCAGCGCCGUCCUUUCAAGAAAACGGUUCCUCUACCUUCAACCACUUGAUGAUUAACAAACCUAUUUGUGAAGAAUCUCAACUUUAGGUGGGGACGGUUCCUCUUUAAGCAGCGGCCAUACCAACAUGUGGCAGUGGGCUUUGCUCCCUCUCGGCCUGGCUGCCUUUGGCACUGUGGGCAUCUGGAUCGUAUUUGCCACGGCUGUGUUUAACAGGACGGUCGACCUUGCAGACGGAUUCCCUUCCAUCAGCCAUUGCGGCGCUUACGCCCCUCAGAGAUGCUUCCUCUCCCAGAUCUGCAGCACCUGCUCUGUUUUAGCUCUGUGGAUCGUGGUCCUCCGUUUCAAGCAGGUUAGCGGCCGAGGCAUCCGCAGGAAUGCCAACAUAGCCAGCUUCGUUUUGGGCUUGAUCUCGUGCGUGGGCCUCUCCAUCGUCGGCAGCUUCCAGGUAACCACUUUCUACAGUGUUCACCUUUUGGGAGCGUUCCUAGCUUUCUUUCUGGGCUUGGCCUACUUCUGGAUCCAGCUGUUUCUAACCGUGCCGUCUCCAGACCGAAGGUGGGUCGAGCCCGCCAGGGCCACCUGCUGCUUCCUGUGCACCGGCCUGAUCAUCGCUUUGGGGGUCCUCUACAACACAGGCUUUCCCUCCGUGGCCGCCAUGUGCGAAUGGGCCUUUGUCAUGUUGAUCUUCUGCCUCUUUGGCCUUUUCGCGGCCGAGUUCAGGCACAUCGACGGCCGCGACCCCUCGGAGCAGAACCCAGCUGUGGCGAACGAGCUCGGCGUAGCAGAGACGUAUGAUUAUGUCUCACACGCGCUCAGCUGAAUCGCCCGAGGUUACUGAACAUCCCUCUUACCUGUUUCCUUUUUGUCUUUAGUGUCGUCACAAUGCCUGUGCAUUAGUUUACAUGUUCUGUGUCUGAUAUGCCAAACUGCGUUUUUACAUUUGCUAUUUUAUUCUUCAAUAAUUUUAGGAUUGAGCAAUAUUCCUUAUGACAACGUGAUACUUUAACCUUUUUAUCUCAUACUAUGUACCUUUCUAUUUCUUUAAAAUGAUUAAUCAUUUGACUGAGGCUAAUGAACUGUAAUAAAUGUGCACAAACACACGGUGGCACCAUUCCACUAUUAUUGAAUCUGCUCAGUGCUUUGAUGUCUAUUCAACAAUGUAAUGUAACAAAGUAUCUAUGGAUCGUACUCCCAGACCUCCCUCUCUCCGCACUGUAUUUCUUGUUUUUUAAUAAAAUCCCUGAGAAUACCA